GUUACAAAUAGACGUAAAAAUUGCAGAGUUUUUCUCUCGUCCACUCUCCAUCUCUCCUCAUAAAAGCCAGUCUCCACCGGUUGAGAUUACAGAAAGAAAAUAAUCAGUUGAAAUCCUGCAAAAUGUCACUUCUUUCAGAUCUCAUUAAUCUCAAUCUCUCCGACACUACUGAGAAGAUUAUUGCUGAAUACAUAUGGAUCGGUGGCUCUGGUAUGGACCUCAGAAGCAAAGCAAGGACACUUUCUGGACCUGUUAAUGACCCUGCAAAGCUUCCGAAAUGGAACUAUGAUGGGUCGAGCACAGGCCAAGCGCCUGGAGAAGACAGCGAAGUCAUUCUAUACCCUCAGGCAAUUUUCAGAGAUCCAUUCAGGAGGGGGAAUAACAUAUUGGUCAUGUGUGAUGCUUACACCCCAGCUGGUGAGCCGAUUUCAACUAACAAAAGGCACAGUGCAGCCCAAAUAUUCAGCCAUCCUGAUGUUGUUGCCGAAGAACCAUGGUACGGCAUCGAACAAGAAUACACCUUAUUGCAAAAGGAUGUUAACUGGCCUAUGGGAUGGCCUACUGGAGGUUAUCCUGGACCUCAAGGUCCAUAUUACUGUGGAGUUGGAGCUGACAAAGCCUUUGGACGUGAUAUCGUAGAUUCACAUUACAAGGCAUGUCUUUAUGCUGGAAUCAACAUAAGUGGCGUCAACGGUGAAGUGAUGCCGGGCCAGUGGGAAUUUCAAGUUGGACCUGCUGUUGGCAUCUCAGCUGGUGAUGAGUUGUGGGUAGCUCGUUACAUCCUCGAGAGGAUCACCGAGAUUGCUGGGGUCGUAUUAUCAUUCGACCCCAAACCUAUCCAGGGCGACUGGAACGGAGCUGGUGCUCACACCAACUACAGCACCAAGUCUAUGAGAAAUGAUGGAGGCUUUGAAGUUAUAAAGAAGGCAAUUGAAAAGCUUGGACUUAGACACAAAGAGCAUAUUUCUGCAUACGGUGAAGGCAAUGAGCGUCGUCUCACUGGAAAACACGAAACUGCUGACAUAAACACCUUCAAAUGGGGGGUCGCAAACCGAGGAGCAUCGGUCCGUGUAGGUCGAGACACGGAGAAAGCAGGAAAGGGAUACUUUGAGGACAGGAGGCCUGCUUCAAAUAUGGACCCUUAUGUUGUUACUUCAAUGAUUGCACAAACCACCAUCCUCAUGAAGAAUUGAGAGAAAUUCAUUUGUCUAAACGUUGGAUUUUCUCUCAGUAGGGUUUUCGUCGUUUAUAUUUCUUGCUGCAAAGGUUGAGAUCAUCGCUCUCGUCUUAUGUUAAGUGUCUAUUUAAUAACAAGCACGAAAGGGUCGAUUUUCGCCGUCGGAAAAUGAAUAUCUUAUCUAAUCGUGCAUCCUUCUACUGCAAUGUUUAUGGAUUUUAUGAAUGGCCUCAGACAAUUUGUAAUCUUUCGUGUUCUGUCCAGUAACAGAAAUGAGACCUAGAGCAUUAGG